GGUAAAUUUGUUUUUCUUUAAUUGUUUACAAUCCAAUUGUUCAAUGGUUAAUUUACAAAGAUCAUCUCUCAAUGUUCAAUUGAUUAAGAUUAAUUUGAUCUCAUCCUUACUGUUAAUACAUUUAUUAAUUUUCUCACAUGCUGGUCAAUUGAUUAACUCAUAUAAAGAUAAUGUUCCUGCCGGUUACAGGCUUUGGUCAGUGGCGAUUGCUCAUCGACACGGCGAUCGAACUCCAGUUCGUUCAUUUCCAACUGAUACCUAUCGCGAUCCAACAUUUUGGCCUGAUGGUUGGGGACAAUUAACUUCAGUUGGAAAGGAAAGGAUGUUUAUCCUUGGUGAAUUUUUCGCUAGAUAUUAUGGUGACUUUUGGCCUGACAAUAUUCGUGAAUUUUAUGCUCAAAGUUCAGACGCUGAUCGUUGUCUUGAAAGCGCUUAUCUUGUCCUUGCUGGAGCAUUUCGACCAACCGGUCCAUGGGUUUGGUCUGAGAAUCUGAAUUGGGUUCCGAUUGCCGUUCAUACUGUACCGAGACCAAGGGAUAAGCUACUUAAUCCUUCAGUUUAUUGUCCAAAUGCCGAAAAAGAGUUUAAGUCAAUUCGACAAUCGGUUGAAUAUCAGGACUGUGAGAAAAAAUAUUCGAAAUUGUAUCCAAUGUUAUCGUUUGUUACUGGAGAAAAAAUAAAAUCCAUGGAAAAAGCUCUCAUGAUUUAUGGUACAUUGAAAUGCGAAAAGGAAAACAAUUUAACGUUGCCUUUGUGGGCCACUGAUUUGGUCCUCGAAAAUCUCAAGGAAAUGCACAACUUAAAGUACCACUUUCGAUAUCUAACCAAACCUGUCCAACGAAUACGAACAGGACCCUUUUUCAAAGACCUUUCAAGUAGAUUCAGCCCUGAAGCUGAUUUCGAUAGAAAGAAAAGUUAUUCGUCUUUAAAACCGAAAAAGUGGUUAUUAUUUUCCAAUUUACUAUCGCAAAGAUCAAAAUCAACUCGUUCGUCGACAGCGAGCAAUUUAGAUCGAAAAAAAGUUUUCUUCUAUUCGACUCACGAUUCAAUGAUCGCCGCAAUUUUAUCAUCUUUAAAGUCAUUUGAUAAACAGAAUCCAGACUAUGGAGCAAGUGUAAUAUUUGAAUUGUAUCGCUCGAAUCAGAACGAAAAUCAACAAUUAAUAUCAGUCUAUUAUCUUAAAGACAGUUACUCUGAGAAUUUAAUCAAACUUAAAUUACCUUUUUGUCAACAAUCAACAGUUUGUGAGUUCACCACGUUCAUGGAAUACAUUUCAACCUUGAUUCCUAAAAAUUGGUACAAAGAAUGUGGUGAAACUAUGAAACAAUCAGAUUGGUAAUUAGUAAACAACCAUUCAACCGACAAUUCAUAUAAUCAUUGGUCGUGUUGACAAUCAGUUGAUUAACUCUCAAAUCACCCAAAGUAAAGACAAAAAUACUCUCAAAAAUGAAUGAAAGAUCAACUUGUCCACCCCAUUCACCAAUACCACCCACUAUAAGUAUAUGGGUCCUGCUAUUGAAAGGACGAUAGUCCAGUUGAUUUACGAUCAUGAUCAGUCCUCAUCCUCAUCCUCAUCCUCAUCCCCAUCAUUGCCUUCAUUUGAUUUAUGGUUUACAUUUAUUGGUCCUUAUGUUUACUAUUAAGUAAAGAUGAAGAUCCUUAAAUCUACCCCGUGAGUCCAGCUCACUCUUUGCAUUCUCAUCCUCUUCUCCAUCCUCUUUCCUCUCCUCUGUCAGAUCAUCAAGAGGGAUGAGGAUGAUAUUUAUGAUGAUGAUGAAAGAUGACAGAUGAAAAUUGGCUAGACACUGAAAGUUUGGAACAAAAAAUUUGUUACUUUCAUUUUCUUCAUCAAUUCUGAUUGUUUAUCUAUGGAAUAAAAUUUAUGAUGAUAUUGUUUAUUUAUAUUAUUAGAUAAUAAUAAUAAUUCAGAGAAUUCAUAUUUGAAAAAGAAAAAUAUUUCGCAUUUUGUCUGAAAAAAAUUUCUUCCAUUUUCCACUCUCAGUGUGACAAUUUUCUUUGGUGAUGACAGGCAAAAGUUACACUUUCCUUUCAUCAUCAUUACUAAAAUCAUCCUCUUAUUGUCUCUACACAAAAUCAUCCUCCAAUGGUCAGUAUCAUCAUCUCAUAAAUCCAAUCAUCACCUCAACAAUUCAUAUCCAUGAGGAGGAAAGACAAGAGCAGAUGAAAAUGUCCACCCACCCCACCGUCAAUACCCAACCUAUUAAAUCAUUAUUAUUACAUGUUAAGUAGAUAUAUUUGAAAUCCAUUGGAUUUUUUCAAGUCAAUCAUAAAUCAAAUCAAAUUUAAUUGAUGUUUUACUCAGUUGACAUCUCACGGAAGCUUAUAAACCAUAAUUCUCAUUUUGUUUCCUCUUCCUUUUUGGGAAAAUUUCACUACUAUUCCAACAAUGUUUUCUCUGUGUCUAUCUAUCUGAUUAUCCCUUAAAUUGAAUAAACUUUAA